AACACACACAUGUGACCUAUAUAUCUGCAUGAUGCAAUAGCCCUGCAGUACAAAUGAUUCUUCAGUUACCAAUAGCUAUCAGAUGAUGCCAUUCUCUUCAACCUGUUGAUCACUGCCAUAGUUCCUCAGCUUGGUUGAAGCGAUCUCAGGAAGCCAGAAGGGUAAGGUGAUCACCAUAUGGGAGGAGGAGACCACUUGAUGAUGAAGAGCAGCAAUGCUGCUGAUGCUGCUGCUGCUGCUGCUGCUGUCAAUGGAGGUGGCACCAGUUUGGAUGCUGCAUUGAGGCCUCUUGUUGGUGAGGAUGGCUGGGAUUACUACAUCUACUGGAGGCUCUCUCCUGAUCAGAGGUUCUUGGAGAUGGCAGGGUUCUGCUGCAGUAGUGAGCUGGAAGCUCAGGUCUCGGCUCUGUGCGACCUGCCUUCUUCAAUCCCACUCGAUUCCUCCAUAGGGAUGCAUACGCAGGCAUUGCUGUCCAACCAACCGAUCUGGCAGAGCAGCAGUGAGGAGGUUGAUGUCGCCGGCGCCAAGACCCGGCUGCUGGUCCCCGUCGCCGGCGGCCUCGUCGAGCUCGUCGCGUCGAGAUAUAUGGCGGAGGAGCAGCGGAUGGCGGAGCUGGUCAUGGCGCAGUGCGGCGACGUGGCGGCGAGGGCUAUCGUCGCCGGCGCCGGAGACGAUGGUGGACAGACGUGGCCGCCGCUGGAGACGCCUGGCUUCCAGUGGGACGGCGGCGCCGACCCGCAGAGGCUGAUGUACGGGGGCUCGUCGCUUAAUCUGUUCGACGCCGCCGCUGCCGACCCGUUCUUGGGUGGCGCUGACGCCGUGGGCGGCGACGCGGCGGCGGCGGGCGCGUGGCAGUACGCGGCGGCGGUGAGCGAUCCGUCGGUGGCGGUGCAGGAGCAUAUGCAGGCGGCGGCAGGCGGCGGGGUGGAGUCGGGGUCGGAGGGGAGGGAGCUGCAUGGCGACCCGGAGGACGACGGCGACGGCGAGGGGCGGUCGGGCGGCGCGAAGAGGCAGCAGUGCAAGAACCUCGUGGCGGAGAGGAAGCGGAGGAAGAAGCUCAACGACCACCUCUACAAGCUCCGGUCGCUCGUCCCAAACAUCACCAAGAUGGAUCGUGCGUCGAUUCUUGGGGACGCGAUCGACUACAUCGUGGGGUUGCAGAAGCAGGUGAAGGAGCUGCAGGACGAGCUGGAGGACAACCACCUCCACCCCGGCGACGUGUCGAAGCCACCCGACGUGCUCAUCGACCACCCGCCGCCGGCGAGCCUCGUCGGGCUGGACAACGACGAUGCGUCGCCGCCCAACAGCCAUCAGCAGCAGCAGCCCCUCGCAGCCGGCGGCGGCAGGAAGAGCAAGGAGGCAGUGGGCGACGGCGGCGGGCACCGCAUGGAGCCGCAGCUGGAGGUGCGGCAGGUGCAGGGGAACGAGCUGUUCGUGCAGGUGCUGUGGGAGCACAAGCCCGGCGGGUUCGUCCGCCUCAUGGACGCCAUGAACGCGCUCGGCCUCGAGGUCAUCAACGUCAACGUCACCACCUACAACACCCUCGUCCUCAACGUCUUCCGCGUCAUGGUGAGGGACAACGAGGUGGCGGUGCAGGCGGACAGGGUGAGGGACUCGCUGCUGGAGGUGACGCGGGAGACGUACCCCGGCGUGUGGCCGUCGCCGCCGCAGGAGGACGACGUGGUGAAGUUCGACGGCGGGCAGGCGGCGGCGGCGGCGGCUGGAGAGCACUACCACGACGAAGUUGGCGGCGGAUACCAUCAGCAUCACCUGCAUUACCUCGCGUUUGAUUCAUAAUUAAUUAUACCAUGCAUGCAUCUAUAUAUACACACUCUGAUCGUUCGAGAAAGCAACACGAUAAUAAUGGCGGAUUUGAUCA